UACCACUACUAGCUUAAGCUCAUUCCUGAUAAACUUUCAUGGAUCCAAGGCUCUACGUAUCUGCAAAAUCCGGGGAUGUUUACAUCCUCAAGCAACUUCUUAACGACAAUCGGAGCCUGCUGUAUCAACUUACACCUCAAGGAAACACAGCCCUCCAUGUCGCAGUUCAGUUCGGACAUAAAAAUGUUGUCGCUGAAAUUUAUAGCAGAUGCAGGUCCCUUCUCACACAGCAAAAUUUGGAUGGAGAUACUCCUUUACAUGUGGCUGCAAGGGUUGGUUCCUUCUCUAUAGUGUAUUAUCUGGUUCGUGAAAUUCAAUUAAUGUCACAGGAAGAUUUCAUGAACACGAACAUUGGCGUGUUUGAGACGCUGAGAAUUGGAAACAAGGGGAACAACACGGUCUUGCACGAAGCUGCAAGGAAUGGUCAUGUAAAAAUUGUUGAGUUCUUGCUCAAAGUUGAUCCCAAAUUGGCCUGUUUUGAAAAUGACAACGGCGAAUCUCCCUUGUACCUGGCUGCAAGAGGGGACGUGGUAGAGAUCGUGAAUCAAAUUUUAAGAUCAACUCCAUCAUCAGCUCAUGGCGGACCAGAAGGCGAAACGGCUUUGCAUGCUGCUGUAAUUGAGAAGCAUUUUGAUAUCGUGGAAGUACUCCUAAGGUUCAAACAGCAACUUGUCAAAGAAACUGAUCACCAAGGCAGGACUCCUCUCCACUAUGCAGCAUCCCUUGGAGAUCACAAAACAGUUCGACGAUUACUAGAAAUCGAUACUUCUACUGCGUAUGUUCUGGAUAAAGAGGGCCAGUCACCAAUUCAUGUUGCAGCAAGGGAAGGGCGUGGCAGUGUCAUUAGGGAAAUUAUUCAACAUUGCCCAGAUUCGGGAGAACUAGUUGACCCUUUUGGGCGAAACACUCUUCAUAUUGCCAUCCAAGGUGGGCAAGUAAAUGUUGUCAGGUAUAUACUAGAAACACCCGAUCUGGAGGGGCUCAUAAAUCAGCCGGAUGUUGAUGGAAACACGCCUUUGCAUCUCGCAACCAUAGAGAGAAAAACAUGGAUUUUGUACUACUUGACGCGGGAUGGAAGAGUAAAUCAAAGAUCUAAGAACAAAUAUGGCCAGACAGCAUCUGAUGUUGAUAGAUCAAUCAAAGAAUGCAGUCUUAGAUUUCCCAUGAAUGUAAUCCGUAAGCCUCAUGCUUGGUUAGGCAACAUCAAAUUUUACCAAAAAGCAGAACGGGCAGAAGCCAGUGCAGUGCAAACUUACAGGGAAAUGGGCCAGACCCUUUUGGUGGUUGCAACACUUAUUACAACUAUAACAUUUACAGCUGCAUUCACAAUGCCCGGAGGCUAUAACAAUGAUGUCGGUCCACACCAAGGAGUGGCUCUUCUGCAGUCAAAUGAACAUUUCAAGUGGUUCAUAAUCACAGACACCAUUGCGAUGACUUGCUCAAUAAAUGCAGCUUGCCUUUUGUAG